AGGCUUAUCUCUGUUCGAAAUGAUUCACUAUUUGUCUAUUUACAUUCAAUAAUAGUUAUCAAAAUUUACAGUGCUCAGCUCAAGACUUAUCACGCUAAACUUAGAACAGUCGGAACUUUUACCCAUUGAACAACAGCCAUACGCUGAACGUGAUUGAAUGAUUCAUUAUUGAAAGUUAUCCAUCUUUCGGUUCCUCACGAAACUGACUUUCGAAUGCGUCCUACAAAUAACUAGUCAGCUGAUCCACACCGGUUGAUUAUUAUUGUUCUGAGAGCCACGACUUGCAGGUUACUUGUCACUUCCAACAAAGUCGAGACUAGAGGACAACGAAGUCAAUUUCAAUUUUGUUGAAGACUUUACAGCUGCCUUAUAAACGAACUGCUAAAAAUGCGUUUGGUAAUUUGUGACACAGUUGACUACGUGGCCGAGUGGUCGGCUAAAUAUGUCAUGAAAAGAAUCAAAGACUUUAAUCCUAAUGAGAAUAAGUAUUUUGUAAUGGGAUUGCCCACAGGGGGCACACCGCUUGGUAUGUACAAAAAAUUGAUAGAGUAUUACAAGGCUGGAAAAAUAUCUUUCAAGUAUGUCAAAACUUUUAACAUGGACGAGUACGUUGAUUUACCCAGAGAUCAUCCCGAGUCUUAUCAUUAUUACAUGUACAACAAUUUCUUCAAGCACAUAGACAUCGAUCCUAAAAAUGCACACAUAUUAGAUGGCAAUGCGCCAGACUUGGUAGCCGAAUGCGAGGAGUAUGAGAGAAAAAUCAAGGAAGCUGGAGGCAUUGAACUUUUUAUCGGAGGUAUCGGUCCUGACGGACAUAUUGCGUUCAACGAGCCUGGAUCAUCCUUGGUAUCUAGAACCAGAGUAAAGACUCUUGCUCAGGAUACUCUAGAGGCAAAUGCUAGGUUUUUUGGUAACGACAUAAACAAAGUUCCAAAGCAGGCGUUAACAGUCGGAGUUGGUACUGUCAUGGAUGCCGUUGAAGUGAUGAUUGUUAUUACCGGAUCUCACAAGGCGUUUGCUCUCUACAAAGCCAUAGAAGAAGGCGUUAAUCACAUGUGGACAGUAUCGGCUUUUCAACAGCAUCCUCGUACCCUAAUUAUUUGCGACGAAGAUGCGACCUUAGAGCUUCGGGUUAAGACUGUGAAAUAUUUUAAGGCUCUGAGCGCGGUUCAUCGCAAAUUGAUCGAAGAAGAUGGAGCUGUGUUCCCUCGCCGAUCUUUGAACGAUGUCUAAAACGAAUUUGUGGGGCAUUCACAGUAAGUUGGUAGAGGAGGCCUCCAUAUUACCUGACUGAAAAAAAUUUGAUAUUCCGACCUUCUUGGCAAUGAAAAAAAUAGACUGACCACGACAUCUCUUUUAAAUAUGUACGGUAUUGAAGAUAUACCGAUUCUUGCCUCUGAUCCAGCAAGCGAAAACUCAACGAAUUGUUACGGAUAACGAGACUGUGAGUCGAAUCUAUGGCAGUAGUUUAUAACAAGUUUCAAAGAUGGGAUAGAAAUUGGCCGUUUGUUUGUAAGAAAUUGAUAAUUUUCACUGAAACUCUGAAAAGUAUACAAUUCUCAGUACUUCUAUAGUUCUAUAUCGGCAGUAUAUCGUGCUCAAUAUAACUAUUUUCUUCCAAUAAAAAAGCCUCAUAACUG